AUGGCGGCCGGAAGUGACGUGAAGUACUUUAAACGUAUGCCGUUUGAAAAAGAUGAACGUGCUUUUGGACUCUGUGUUCCUGCCGGACUGAGACACUUUGGAGAGUGUGUACAUAUCUGCAGGACAGAGGACUGUGACCAUCAGCAAGCUGCAGGUCUGGACCUGAACCAGAGCAGCACAGACCGUCCUCUCAGCGAGGAGGUGGAGGAGGAGGAGGAGGAGGAGGAGGAGGAGGAGGAGGAGGUCAGUUUAUUAACAUCCACCCUGGAGGCGGAGCUACAGAUAAAGGACUCUGAGUCUUUGGACCGCUGCAUCCAGUCCGCUCUGUCCUCCCUCUACCCGCCCUUCCAGGCCACGUCCCCGACUGUCCUCUGUCAGGUCCUCAGUGUGGUGGAGAGCUGCUACAGAGGAGACGGCCUUCGUUACCUGAUCCACUUCCUGCUGCCUGCUAAGCAGUUCUUAGAAAACAUCCAGCAAGAUGCUUGCUUGCAGUACUGUGGUCUGUUGUUUCGUCAUGAAGGCUGGCCUCUGUGCAUCCAUGAGAAGGUAGUCGUGCACCUCUGUCCUCUGGACCAGCACCUCCUCCGUCCAGGAGACUUCUACCUGCUGGUUUCUCCUCCUGCUGCUGUUCCUCCUGCUCUGCCCCGAGCACGCGGUGCCUCCUGCAGAAGUGCUGUCACGUCUUCCCCCCGUCUACUCUUGUGCAGCUUGUCAGCCGGCGUGCGUCAUGUGGAGCAGCAGGAGGUGCAGCAGAUAGCCCUGCGGUCCCUCUUCAGCAUGGCGUGGCUGGACUCAGUCAACAGGGAGCGGGAGCAGCGAGGAGCGUCCAGGCUAGAGCGCUGCCUCCUCUCUGCACACGGAGACGUGUUCAGGGUCCCCUGGGAGGACCUGGUCUACCCACAGUUCAUCAGCCGGCCCCGGGUCUCCCUGAAGGAGGACAAGGAGUCGUCCACUAAGGAUGGAGAUAUGCUAAUUAACACAUCGCACAACCUGCAUGGAGAUCCUGACUCCUCCAGACAGGAAGUGAAGCUCCUCCAAUCAGCAGCCAGCAGCGAGGGCGAGGACUCAGAGGGCGAGUACGUGGAGCUGACGGAGCUGACGGAGCUGACAGAGCUGCCCCGCUUCUCCCCACAGAAAGGCUCCUUAACCCAGUCCAUCAGUCAGCAGCACCGAGCCAGGACCAGCCCACACACACCUGCACACACACCUCACAUUGCCGCACACACACCUGCACACACACAUCACACUGAAACACACACACCUCACACUGCUACACACACACCUGCACACACACCUCAC